CAGGAACGGCGUCACGUACUGUAUCGCUAGGGCCGCUGUUUUUCUCAUGCUGUCCCCUUCGCAGCCGAUGAUGACGACCCGCACGUCCGACGACUCGAGCAGCCUAAAGGAGAAGGGGGCCAUCCGUGGCUACGAUGAGAAAACGGAAGAUGUCUCCCAGACGGUGGUCCGAGCUGCUGGUGAGAUCUCUGAGCUUGCAGUUGUCGCAGAAGGUGAAGAGCGGACGACAUGGUUUGUGUGGAUGCUUGUCUGCUGCAGUAGCAUCUCGGGUCUGCUCUUCGGCUAUGACACCGGGGUUAUAUCUGGCGCACUCGUCACGAUCGGCUCAGAUCUCGGGCCCGCCGAGCUCUCUUCAUUUCAAAAGGAACUCAUCACCUCCGCGACGACGCUCGGCGCCCUCAUCGGCGGCCUCAUCGCGGGCAUGCUCUCCGACUACCUCGGCCGGAGACCCGUCCUCGCCUCCGCCGACAUCAUCUUCAUCGCCGGCGCGAUCGGCCAGGCCGUCUCCCACGCCGUGUGGCCCAUGAUUGGUGGCCGGUUCGUGAUCGGCUUCGCCGUCGGCGUCGCGUCCUGCAUCGCGCCGCUAUAUAUCCAAGAACUAUCGCCGACUCGCCUCCGAGGCCGCAUGGUCGCGCUGAACGUCGCAGCCAUCACUGGCGGCCAAGUCGUGGCGUACGGAAUCGACGCAGCAUUCCAGAGCAGACACGGUGGCUGGAGAUACAUGGUUGGUAUCGGUUCGAUACCCGCCGGACUGCAGUUCAUCUCCCUGCUCUUUCUUCCCGAGUCGCCACGGAUACUCCUUCGCAGGGGUAACGUGGAAGCCGCACGCCGCGUGAUGUCGAAAAUCUAUGCACUCGCGACUCCGGAGCAGGUGGAUCUCAAGGUCAAAGUGCUAGAGACCGCAGUCAAACAGAGCGUCGAGAUCACAAACUCGACGACCCUCUGGCAGCGAUUCAAGUCCAUUCUCUUCGUCGGUGUCAACCGCCGUGCGCUCAUCAUUGGCUGUGGUCUGCAGGCCUUCCAACAACUGUGCGGCUUCAACACCCUUAUGUACUAUAGCGCCACGCUCUUUGAGGAGAUCGGCUUCAACGACCCCAUCGCCGUCGGCCUCAUCAUCUCAGGCACGAACUUCGUCUUCACGCUCUUCGCGCUCAAGUACAUCGACAUCAUUGGCCGGCGAAAAAUCAUGAUUUUCUCCUCGCCCGGCAUGGUCAUCGGGCUCGUGGUCGCCAGCAUCUCUUUCUACUAUAUGACGAAAAAGACGGACGGGUUGCUCGUCUCGGGGACGAAGUACUCGCACACGUGGUCGUCGCUCAUCCUGGCGUCCAUGAUCUUCUACGUGGCAUCGUACGCAACAGGCCUGGGCAACGUCCCCUGGCAACAAGGCGAGCUCUUCGCCCUCGACUCAUGGCCGCCAUCACCCCCGCCGGCGCCUUCGGCUUCUACGCGGGCCUCUGCUUCCUCGGCUGGAUCUUCUGUCUGUCAUGCUACCCCGAGACGGCGGGGCUUAGCCUCGAGGAGGUGCAGAUUAUCUUUGAGCGCGGGUUUGGGAUCCGGGAUAGCGUGCGGCUGCGUGCGGAGAAGCAAGCGAUCGUGCGGGCGGAGAAGGAGAGGCAGAAGGCUUGAUGCGUGAGCGGUUGGUGCGUCCGCGAGCGUGUCCCCUUAAUAACGAUGAACACGUUCAAGACCGUGAUGUGUUCUUAUGUGGUGUCUGCGACGCACUGUUGUAUUUUGUAGAUUUUUUAAUUCCACAG